UCUCUUUCUUUUGCUGUGCUAUUCCCACAAGUAGCUUGACGCUCUCUGGCCAUUCAGUGAUCGUACACCUGCAUUUGGUGGAGUGCGAGGGAGGUUUUCAGAACGUCUCUGGAAAUGGAGGAGAAGAGGUUCAUAGUGGAGGUGGAGCCGUCGAAGCCUGCCCAGGAAGGAAAGCCGUCGAUCGGAGCUGUUUAUCGUAGUAUUUUCGCUAAGGAUGGAUUUCCGCCGCCCAUUCCGGGGCUCGACAGCUGUUGGGAUAUUUUCCGCUUGUCAGUAGAGAAAUAUCCCGAGAAUCGAAUGCUUGGUCGCCGUGAAAUGGUGAAUGGGAAGCCAGGUAAAUACUCAUGGAUGACUUACAAAGAAGUUUAUGACAUAGUUCUUAAAGUUGGUAAUUCUAUUCGCAGUUGUGGCGUUGAGGAAGGAGGACACUGCGGAAUUUAUGGUGCUAAUUGCCCUGAAUGGGUUAUGAGCAUGGAGGCAUGUAAUGCUCAUGGACUCUAUUGUGUCCCUUUAUAUGACACCUUAGGUGCUGGGGCAGUUGAAUUCAUCAUAUGCCAUGCCGAAGUUACACUUGCUUUUGUGGAAGAGAAAAAAAUUUCUGAGCUGUUGAAAACUUUUCCUGGUGCAUCUAAGUACUUGAAAACAAUUGUGAGCUUUGGGAAAGUUACCUCUCAACAGAAGGAAGAUGUUGAAAAGUUUGGGGUUGCUAUUUAUUCUUGGGAUGACUUUAUGUCAUUGGGAGAAAAUAAAAACUUCAAUCUUCCUACGAAAAAAAAAACUGAUAUUUGCACGAUUAUGUAUACUAGUGGAACUACUGGAGAUCCUAAGGGUGUCAUGAUCUCCAACAACAGCAUUGUUACCUUAAUUGCUGGAGUGAAGCAUAUGCUAGAGAGUGUGAAUGAAGCGUUGACUGUCAAUGAUGUGUAUCUAUCAUAUCUUCCUUUGGCGCAUAUCUUUGAUCGUGUCAUUGAAGAGUGUUUCAUCAAUCAGGGGGCUGCAAUUGGAUUUUGGCGUGGGGAUGUUAAGUUAUUGGUUGAAGAUAUUGUAGAGCUUCAACCCAGUGUCUUCUGUGCAGUUCCUCGGGUACUAGAUAGAAUAUAUUCAGGUUUGCAACAGAAGAUUUCUUCUGGGGGUUUGAUUAAACAGACUGCGUUUAAUUUUUCUUACUCUUUGAAACUGCGUAACAUGAGGAAUGGCUUCAAACAAUCUGUGGCAUCUCCGAUCUGUGACAAACUUGUUUUCAAUUUGGUAAAACAAGGUCUCGGUGGCAAUGUAAGACUUAUUUUAUCUGGAGCAGCGCCUCUUGCCUCACAUGUAGAAGAGUACCUGCGAGUAGUCACUUGUUCUUAUGUUCUUCAAGGAUAUGGCCUGACAGAAACUUGUGCCGGCACAUUUGUUUCAAUACCAGAUGAGAUGAACAUGCUGGGCACUGUGGGUCCUCCACUGCCCAAUGUGGAUGUUUGCCUGGAAUCUGUACCUGAAAUGGGCUAUGAUGCCCUUUCAAGAACACCACGCGGAGAAGUAUGUGUAAGAGGGGAUACUCUAUUUUCAGGCUACUAUAAACGUGAAGACCUUACCAAGGAAGUCUUAAUCGAUGGCUGGUUUCACACAGGGGAUAUUGGAGAAUGGCAACCUAAUGGGAGCUUGAAAAUUAUUGAUCGCAAGAAGAACAUUUUCAAGCUCUCACAAGGAGAAUAUGUUGCAGUGGAGAACUUGGAAAAUAUCUACAGUCUAGCUCCUGAUAUCGAGUCGAUAUGGGUAUAUGGCAACAGCUUUGAGUCUUUUCUCGUUGCUAUUAUUAAUCCAAACAAACAAGCAGUGGAGCAAUGGGCGGAACAGAACGGUAUAUUUGGCAACUUCAAUGGUCUAUGUGAAAAUACCCAAGUGAAAAACUACUUCCUCGGAGAGCUCACAAGAAUUGCCAAAGAAAAGAAGUUGAAGGGUUUUGAGUUCAUCAAAGCCAUCCACCUUGAUCCCGUCCCGUUUGACAUGGAACGGGACCUUAUCACGCCAACAUACAAGAAGAAAAGACCCCAGUUGCUUAAGUACUACCAGGAUAUGAUUGACAGCAUGUACAAGAAUGCAAAAUAAACAGACUACCUACGGUCGCAAAAUGAGUACCUUACACAUUUCAUCUUAUGACAAGUUGGUCAGUAAGGAGAUGAUUUGAGGUCGAAUUCUAGCUUAAAGACCAUAAUCGUUAAAGUCAGAGAUUGGAGACAAGCUAGCACAUAAACUAUGCGACAGCAGAAUUCAGUUUUAUCUCAGUGGGUAUUGAGUCUUUAUCCUAAAAUAUAUGAAUGACCCUCGCUACUUUUUUAGAUGCUCUAAUAAUUAUUUGUGUCACUUAGAGUAAUUAAAUAUAAAUGAUU